AUGCACGGGAUUCCUCAUCUCGUUCGACUACUUCGUCCUCACAGCUCUUCACGCUUGCCGAGGCCACUUUGGGUCGCCAACUGCUGCCAGGUUGUCUACAACGAUAAAGACUACGAGGUGGAGCGCACUGAGGACUUCGAAGACCUAGACUUGUCACUGCUUAAGAUGCGCGGACUUGAAGAUGCCUCGUAUCUGCAACCAGAGGAAGCUCUGCAGUGUGCUGACUGUGACAUUGAUUGGGUAUAA